CUGGUUUUAAUUAAUGGCGUUAAGAAUGACAAAGCUAUCACUGAUUUAAAAACAGAAGUGUGCAAGGCCAUACCUGCUGCUCAGAGGCCAUCUAUCGCGGGUUGCUCGGGCGUAACCGGUGACCCUGACAUCCCCCCUGACACAACUGUGAAAGGUGACAAUGUCCAAGUUCAGGUGUACUAUUCGCCAUUCAGCAAUCGUGCAAUCGACUUCCUUAAGUUAAAUGCCGAGGGUAACGACAAGGGUAUCUACGAUCUGUUGGUCAACAAUUUAGAGACUGGCGAGGCACUUUAUGGUGUCGAGGUCGAUUUGAUUCCAUGGGGUAGCGCUGAACGGACCAGGGACACUACCGGAGCACAAGUAUUUGAUUACGCUUGCGCUGAAAACGAUGUCGACUGUAAGGCUACCAGAUUGCACGCGUGCAUAGCUCGCAACCACGUGACCAAUUACGUGAAUCACCACGAGUUCCGUAUUGCCAUUUGUACGGUAGGCAAAUCGGAUUGGAAACAAAACCCCCUGACCAACGUCAUAGCAUGUAGUAACGCCAACCCCGAUAUAAUUGACGAUGGUGUCACCUUUGUACUUUGCGCCAAUAUUCGGGAAUUAUCAGAUCCCUAUUUGAAUCAAGUAAUAGCCGCCACCGACACCCUGCACCCGGUAUUUGACUACAGUGAGUAUCUCCUAUGA